AGGUGAGUUUGGAGAGGCGGACACCUGGGAUCGUUUUUCUGUCCUUACAAUUAGCCCCAUCCUGUCUGGUGACACGCGCCGCAGCACACCUGUUUGACGGCAGAUUAAAGCGUCCACAUCUAUUUAUCUUCUGGAGGAAUGGGUUCUGUCUCCAGGUUCGACCGGGUGAGGGUGGAACCGUUCUACGACCAGGUCCCUGUGGGCUCCCUGUGGCGGGAACCGGACAUGCCCCCUCCGCCACCACCACUGCCACCCAUACAUGGAUCAGUACCUGCAGUCAGCUUAGACCCCCUCCCCCCUCCUCCUCUACCUCAACAAGCAGCUGUUGGACCUGAGACCUUCUACCCCCCCAGCGACAAUGAUCCUGUGGAGGGUGACUGUGAUGCCAUGGACAUCAAACCCGUCCACCGCUUCAUCCCAGACUCUGUCAAGAACUUCUUCCGUGGAAACAGCGGUAACCGCGGCAGCAAGGGGUGGUCCAUCCCUCCCCCACCUCAUUCCCCCACCCCAUCAUCCAGAAAGAGCGCAGUCUGCCACACCACAGCAGGAGUCCCCUGCUCACCUCCCCACUCCGCCCCACCAUCUCCAUCGCUUCCUGGCUCUUACCGGGACCCUUAUGGGGGCUCUGGAGGAAGCUACACUUCUCAGAAGGAGCGGGAUGGCCUUCUGCUAGGGGCCGAAGCUCGAGACAUGGCUUCUACCGUGCCCAGCAACCUGUCCAUCCAGACCUACCAGGAGCGGGUGGAGGAGUACCAUCUACGCUAUGCCUACAUGAAGUCUUGGGCCGGCCUGCUGAGGAUCCUGGGCUGCGUUCAGCUGCUCCUCGGAGCCGUUGUGUUUGCCUGCGUCUGUGCUUACGUUCACAAGGACAAUGAGUGGUUCAACAUGUACGGAUACUCCCAGCCACAGCUGUAUGGAGGGAUGGGUGGAGGGUUUGGGGCCAGUUCCUACACUGGGCCAAAGACGCCUUUUGUCCUGGUGGUGGCCGGUCUGGCGUGGAUCGUGACUGUUAUUCUGGUCGUGCUUGGGAUGACCCUGUACUACAGAGCCAUCCUCUUAGAUUCGUCCUGGUGGCCCCUCACAGAGUGCUCCAUCAACCUGGUGUUGGCCGUGCUCUACUUGGCUGCAGGGACGGUCUACGUGAGGGACAUAACGCGGGGGGGGUUGUGCUACAUACCGGUCUUCAAUAACCCGGUAAAUGGUGCAUUCUGCAGAACAGAGGCCGGCCAGACAGCAGCCAUCAUCUUCCUCUACACCACCAUGGUGCUCUACUUCAUCAGUGCAGGAGUGUGUCUGAAACUGUGGAGGCACGAAGCAGCGAGGAUGAGGAAGGAGGGGCUCGCACAGGAGAUGAAAACCAUCGGAUCUUCAGUCCCACUGCCUGUACUGGAUUCAGCAUCCCGAACCUCGCAGCAGACGCCGCUGCCCACCAUGCAGCCGGACAUCAUGGACGCUUCCAACAGGCCUGUAGUUGCUUCCACAAUGGAGCCGGAAAUCCUUCAUGGUCACAUCCCUGCCGGACACAUCCCCAAACCCAUCGUCAUCGCUGACUACGUGGCGAAGUAUCCCAGCAUCCGCUCGGAUGAGGAGCGGGACCAGUACAGAGCCGUGUUCAACGACCAGCACGCCGAGUACAAGGAGCUGCAUGCUGAGGUCCAGGCCAUGGCCCAGAGGUUUGACGAGAUGGAUGAGAUGAUGAGGAACCUCCCCUCCAGGCCCUCCAGUCAGAUGGAGAAGGAUCGGAUCAACGGCAUUCUGAUGGAAUAUCAAAGGAAAAAAUCUGAUCCGGGCUACGUGGAGAAAAGGGAACGUUGUGAGUAUCUGAAAGGAAAACUGUCUCACAUCAAGCAGAAGAUUCAGGAAUACGACCAGUCGCGAGGCGCGGAUAGAUGCGGUCGGUCGCGCGCUUGUUUAUGUCGUUGGCGUAAGGAAACAGGUUCGUUCUUCAGGUUUCAUCACAAGCAGGUAGAUCAUCUGGAUUUCAGCAUGCCGGCCCACAAACACAGCAGGCAUCUGUACCCGGCCAGUAGCAGCAAACACCACAGCAGCAAACACCGACACAGUGAGGUGACCUCCAACCCGGUAUUUUCCUACUACCCAGAAAACAAGAAGCUUCACUUCUACCUCUGGACAUCCCCACCGGGCGUCAUGAAGAUACUCUGCAUCAUCAUCAUCAUCAUGUGCGUGGUUGUGUUUGCGUGUGUGGCCUCCACUCUGGCUUGGGACUACGACAUGAGCAUGAUGGGAGAUGGGAUGGGCCUGAUUCCAGGUUAUGGCAGCUCCUACGGCGGCUCUUAUGGAGGAUCGUAUGGCAGUUCUUAUGGCAGUGGUAUCGGUGGCGGUGGCGGUGGUUACUAUAGUUACGGCUCCGGAGGAGCACACAUGGAUCCCAAAACUGGCAAAGGCUUUUUCAUCGCCAUCACUGGCAUCACCUUCAUCGUCACGCUGGUCAUUUUCAUCAUGGUUAUUUCAAGGCAGAAUGCAUCCCGUUCUUCGUCCUUCUACCUGGCAACCAUCAUCAUCUGCGCCAUCUUAAUCGUUCUGAUGCUCGUCGCCACCAUCGUGUACCUGGUGGCCGUGAACCCGAUGGCUAAGUCCUCCGGAUCCAUGAUGUACAACCAAAUCUACCAGCUGUGUGCGCAGUACCAGAACCAGAACCAGGCCCAGGGCAUCUUCAUCAACCAGUACCUCUACCACUACUGUGUGGUGGAGCCCCAAGAGGCCAUAGCCAUCGUCCUGGGCGUCCUGGUGUUUGUGGGCCUCAUCAUCUUACUGGUGUUUGCAGUAAAGACUCGCUCUCUGAUCCGGCGCUACGGCCACGAGCGAAUCCUCUGGGAGGAAGUGAAGGUCCUCAGUGGAGGCCAUAAUAGCAUCGGAGAGUGGGUGAAAAACGUGUCUGGAGAACCCGAGAUGCUGGUUAACGACUACAACAACCAUGUUGGGGGUUCCAGAAACUAUCUGGACCAGCUGGACAACAGCAAGCCAUUGUACCUGCCGGGGGACUCGGACAUCAGCAGCUCAGUAGGGGGAAUGAAGCCCAGGAUGAAGGACUACGACCCCAGUGUGGAGUCUGGAGACGACUUAGAGGAACAGGAUUUCAGUGUUCUGUUUCCACCCAUCGACAAUGAAAAGAAGCGUCUGAGCUACAAGCAGGAGUUCGACCGGGAUCACCUGGAGUACAAGAGCUUGCAGGCAGAGCUGGACCGGAUAAACCAGGACCUGGCCGACCUGGACAGAGAACUGGACCGGCACCCUGAGGGCAGUCCACAGUUCCUGGACGCUUUGAAUGAGUACACCAAGCUGAAGAACCUGAAGAAGUCCCCAGAUUACCAGGUAAUGAAGAGGAAGUCCAAGUAUCUGCGAUCCAAACUGUCUCACAUCAAGAGGAAGAUCAGCGAAUACGACCGGCGGGCCUGAACCUUCCCUGGGACCCGUUCAUGACUCCAGAAAACCCAAUGUUUAUCUUCUAUGUUGUUUUUUAAUCAGGUCAAUCAAGGAGGAUGUGAGGUGGAUUUUUUUUUUAUUUACAACAGUCUUUUCAGGGAACCUCAGAACUCCACGAUGAGCCGUUCUGAAGAACUCUUCACAUGUAUGAAUGUGUUCUAGUUUCUAGAGUUUAGAAAAGUUUUAUUUCUGUGAUUGUAAUAAAGCGGUUGUUGCUUCACUGUUAAAGCAAAUUGAACACAAGCUUCUGCUUCUUUGUCACGUAAACAAGGUUUGUUUUUAGUCUUUGAAGGAUGUAAAUGAUGAAAGCUCAGCCUCUCUGAACUCCAUCACAUGGACAAUUAAAAGGUGGGCUGGAGUGAAAUCAGGUGAUUUCUUAUGUGCCGCAGGUUUCAUUACAGGAAUAAAUGAGUUGUUGAUGGAAAGCAGCUGGACUCACUGAGCCAUGAGGGUCAGACUCGGGAAUGAAGAUCCAAGUUCCAGUCCAAUUUCCGAUUUACUGAAACCUUCAUGUCAAAAUAAAAAAACUGCAAAGGAAGAGUAGUUCAUCACGAAAAAUUCAUUUUAUUAUGUUUUUAAUGUCUGUGACAAGGAAAUGUACAAUUAUUUUACCAUUAUUAUUUUUAUACCUUUAUUUUUAACAUGUUCAUUCUACCUGUUAAAGAUAUUAGUUGCAUUUUGUAUUUAUGAGAUGUGACAUAAGUCACAGCUGAGAAGCAGUAACAGUAAUAGUAAUAACAUGUCAACCUGAAUGAGUUUUUAUAAUGAAAACUGUGUAAUCAUUAAAACUUUUAAUCUCUGUACCAAUAAAAUCAAAUUAACAUUU